GCGUGUAAACGAGAGUUCGUGUUUUGUGUGGCUGUAACCUAUAAAAACAAAAAAACUGCAAUUUCUAUUAAAGUAACUACAAAUAUAUCGUAAAAAUGGUUAAAGUAAAGGCAAAAAGUUCUAAAAAGAAAGCAAUAAAAGCUCAACCGACAAAAAUGGAAGUAGAAACCGUUGUGUUACCUCCAGUGCGAAUGUCGGAUGAUCCAACUCCUAAACAGGUAAAAUGGAUCAACAGGCAGAGAGUAUUGGUGUUCGCGGCUCGUGGUAUUAACCACCGGCACCGUUAUCUCAUGGAGGAUAUUAAGAAGCUAAUGCCUCACCACAAGACCGAGUCCAAAAUGGAAAGGAGCAAGAAUUUGUAUGUGGUGAACGAGAUCAGCGAAAUGAAGAACUGUAAUAAAUGCAUCCUGUUUGAAGGCAGAAAGAUGAGGGAUCUGUAUUUGUGGAUGGCUAACAUUCCUAAUGGGCCGAGUGUUAAGUUUUUAGUUGAAAACAUUUACACAAUGGGUGAGCUCAAAAUGACAGGAAACUGUCUAAGAGGAUCCAGACCGCUUCUUUCUUUCGAUCCCCAAUUCACCAGGGAUCCCCACUAUGCCUUGCUGAAGGAACUACUAAUCCAGAUAUUCGGGGUGCCCAACCAUCAUCCUAAAAGUCAACCGUUCUUUGAUCAUGUGUAUACCUUCAUGGUGCUCGACAACAGAAUUUGGUUCAGAAAUUACCAAAUUUUAUCUGAAGAUGGCGCUUUGGCUGAAAUUGGACCUAGAUUUGUGUUGAACCCUGUAAAAAUAUUCUCCGGUUCAUUCGGUGGAGUGACCAUCUGGGAAAACCCUAAGUAUGUGAGCCCUGCCAAGUUGAGGCAAGCUUUCUCCAAGAGAGCUGGCGAUAAGUACGAAAGGCGGAUUGAGAAGAAAGCGGUAUAUGAGGCCACGAAGCCCGAGACAGGGUAUCCGGAUAUUGAAGAUGCUGAUUUCUUCAAGGGUGAUGCUGUGGAGAAGGCUGAAGAAGUCGUUGUAAAAGAAGUAAAAGAAGAAGUGGACAGUGAGGAAGAGGUUCAGGUUAGACCUGCCGUCAAGAAAUCUAAGAGCAAGCCGGACAUGGCCAUCAGACGGAAACAACUCAAAGCCAAAAGCAAGCUCAUCUCCGACCAGAUCAAGAAGAGGAAACAGUUCAAAAAGAAGAAGCCUAAUAAAAAAAUAAAUACUUAAUCAAAUUUUGUAUUCCAUAAUCAGGUUAAGAUCAAUGUGACCAAAUCCGUCUGCGGGAAAUUCCGUACACGAGCGUAUUUUUCUUAUUUUUAAUCUGCUGACUGCUGAAACAAAAGCAAAAAGCUAUCGCUGGUUUUUCGACGCCGUGUCAAACACAAAAGCUGUCACUCGGACACCACGUCACCGAAGUGUCGAAACUGAAAUUGAACUUUAAGCAUAUGCGCGUAGGUCUAUGUUGCUCUGUGGUGUGUGACGGUUUAAUCCGUCUUUGGCGUUGGACCUGCAGUUCGGAUAUGUCCGUCGCGUCGAAGAUUAACAAUCGUGUUUAAAUAACUAUUUCAAACUUUAGGUACCUACGUCAAACGGUCUCUGAGAAAAACGCAUUUAACUGAUUUGCAAGACCGAAGUGAUCCCAUAAGUGUUCCGUUUGUCAAAACAAAGUUUUGCACGGAACACUAAAAACUAGCGUUCGUGUACGGAAUUUCCCGGAUUUGGGAGCUAUAAGGAUGCCUUAUGUCAAAAAUAAAAAAGUAUUUCC